UGCCGAUAACAGAAACUGCUAAGAGCUGUAUUGCGGAAGGAAGUGUCAGCCUUGUUUGUAGAACUCUUGCAACCAGCUUACAAUACAAGUACAAGAAAUAUUCUGCAGCAAUGGCAGAGGAUCUGUCAGGCCUGGAGCUGGAUUUCAGCUGUCCGAUCUGCUGUGAAGUGUUUAAAGACCCUGUGGCUCUGAAAUGCAGUCACAGUUUCUGUGAGGAGUGUCUGCAGCAGUACUGGAGUGUUCAAGAGGUGCUGCUGUGUCCAGUCUGUAGGAAGGAGUGUUCACGGGACGAGCCCACCAGGAGCCUGGCCUUCUCCAGCCUCUGUGAGAACUUUAAAAGCAGAAAAUUGGCAGUUGCAACAGACGAUAUGUGCCCUGAGCACGAUGAGAAGCUCAAACUCUUCUGCUUUGAAGAUAAACAGCCCAUCUGUGUGGUGUGUUACACCUCAAAGAAGCAUGAAAAUCAUAAAUGUUCUCCUAUUGUGGAAGCAGUGCAGAAGCUAAAGGAGAACCUCAAGGUGAAAAUAGAGAAUCUGAAGGUAACCCUUGAUAACAUGAGUACAGUGCAGGAUGACUAUAAACAACAAGCUGAUCAAAUUAUGACUGAAACACAAAGUGUGGAAGAGCAGAUCAAAACAGAAUUUAAGAAACUUCAUCAGUUCCUCACAGAGGAAGAGGAGACCAGGAUCGCUGCUCUGAGAAAAAGAGAAAAAGAAAAAAAUGAGAAAAUACAGGCCAAAAUUAAUCAGCUGUCCACAAACAUAGCAGUUCUCUCAGAAACCAUUGCGUUUGCCUGGCAGGAAAUGGAAGCAUGCAACGCUACAUUCCUGAAGAUGUACUCUGAAAACAUUAAGAGAUUAGAAAACCCUCCAGUGCCAAAAGUGAAUUUAGAGACAAAGAAGGGUUUAAAGACAAAGAGAGAUGAGACGAAUCCCAUUCAAACCCUGCUGUUCACAGUUUGGACCAAAAUGCAGAAUCUUAUUUCAAAUGCUCCAGUGACACUGGACCCGAACACGGCCUCCAAACAGCUGGUGGUGUCGGAGGACCUGAGCAGCGUGUCUUUUGUGGAGAAGAAGCUGGCUGUGGCUGAUAACCCAGAGAGACUAUAUGUAGGAGUGCUGGGCUCUCAGGGCUUCAGCUCAGGUCUGCACUGCUGGGACGUGGAGGUGGGCAACAAUGAUCACUGGACCAUUGGGGUGGUCAAUCAGUCUGUGGACAGGAAGAAGCUGCUGAAGAUGGAUCCUUCUUGUGGAAUGUGGAGUAUUCGUUUCUUCAGUGGGAAAUAUCGAGUCGGGGCAAAGUCUCGGAAAGAUCUCAACCUAGAAGAGUGUCCACUGGUCAUCAGAGUGCAGUUGGACUAUGAAAAAGGCAAAAUAAGAUUCUAUGACCCAUUUAGAAACGUUAGCCUCCAUACUUUCACAAACAUUACUUUUACAGAGACAGUAUUCCCAUAUUUCUGCACUGGUGAUCCAGAAGAACCACUGAACCUCUACCCGGCAAACAAACUGUCAUGGUAGUAGAAAACCUUAAAUAUUGGAUUUAUAAUAUUUCAAUUUGUCCUAAUAUUUCAAUUUAUACACAGGUCCGCACUGCUCAGCAAGGGAUUUUAAAGGUUUGAAAUCGCAGGUUUGAAUGCAAUUUUAUAACAGAUACAUGUAUAAAAUUAUUCUUUCAUGAUGCUACUAUUUUACCAUUUCAUAGAUUUCACUUAAUUUGUAGGAAGUUAUAAACAAAUAAAAAAAUAUUAGAUGUGUACAGAAAGAUGAGCAGAGCAGUACAUGAUUAGAUAAGUAUGAAAGCUGUAGAAAACUGAGAAUGAAUUACAAAAUGUUCAAAAUGGCUCAUAUUUGAGAAAUGGUGAUCAAAUCUCAAGGCAGAUAACACAUCAAGAAAUGGCCUUAAAUAGAUAAUUACAGCAUAUUAUUUACCAUUUCAUUUAACUUAAUGAUGUUCCGAAAAUGUGAAAUAUUGAAUAAAAAAUAAGCAGCUAUUAAUAUGACCAGUGAUUCCAGACUUUUGGACAGUAGUGCACACUGGCUGGUCCAAAUCUUAUGGUGACAUAUAUCUGAUGUCCAAAAAUCCUUGAUUUUUUUAAUAAUAACAUUUCAUUGUAUGACUUUAUAUGCUUUAAUAUAUUAUUGCAGGUGGAAUAAAAUCACUAUGUCCAAAAUGGUAACUUCACUGGAGAA